AUGACAGCGCACUACCUGCUCGGCUAUAGAAGGGAGAGAGAGAUACGGAAGAGGAGGGAAGAGACGGGCGAGAAAGGGCGUGAGAGAAAAGAGGAGAGAGAGAGACGAGAGGAGAGAGAGCAGAGAGAGAGACAGAGAGAGACAGAGAGAGGACAGAGGAGAGACAGAGACAGAGACAGAGACAGAGACAGAGACAGAGACAGAGAC